AUGGACUUGAUCUGUGGGAUUCCAUAUCUUGAGAGGUUGAAUAUAUGCCUGGAGGAUUGCAAGAAAGGGUUUAUGGCUGGCUACAGGCCAAUAGUUGGUUUGGAUGCCUGCCACUUGAAGACUAAGUCAAGUGGACAAUUAAUCACAGCAGUUGCUAGAGACCCUAAUGAAGAGUACUUCCCACUUGCGUAUGCUGGGUUGGUGCAGGCCUUCAUUGAUAAUUGGCCACAAUAUGAGCAUAGGAUCUGCUGCAGACACCUCUACAAUAAUCUCAGGAAGAAUCAUCCUGGUGUUCUGAUCAGAGAGUUGUUUUGGAAAGCAGCCAAAGCUACUUAUAAAGCUGAGUUUGAUAGGUUGAUGGAUGAAAUGAAGGGAAUUGAUGAGGAUGCACACAGUUGGUUGCAAGAUCAUUCAACCACCAUAUGGGCCAGACACAUGUUCAGUGAGGAUGGGUUGAGUGAUAUAGUACUGAAUAACAUGUGUGAGAGUUUUAACAGCAGGAUUCUGAAGUUUAGAUCUAAGCCUAUAAUUACUAUGUUGGUGUCCAUCAAGUUAUAUCUUAUGACCAGGUUUCAAGAUAACAGACAAAAGAUCAUGAGAGUGGAAUCAGAGAUAUGGCCUAAAGUGCUUAAGAGGUUGCAUAGGGAAAAUAUUGCAAGUAGUAGGUGGCUUGCUUGUUGGGCAGGUCAUAUACAGUUUGAAGUUAAAAGUGGACUGCAAAGUUUCACUGUGGACAUGGAAAAAAGACAUUGUAGUUGCAGGAAAUGGGAUACGACUGGCAUACCAUGUGCCCAUGCAAUUUCCUGCAUAUUCUUCAAUAGACUAGCAGAUGCAGAAACUAUUCCAACAUCAAUCAGUCAACAAGACAAGCUUAGGCUCCACCAAGCUUAG